AUGAAUGGAUCUACUUGGUACACGGAGAGGUCUCCACAAAAGCUUGUAGGAAGAAUUCAUGAUGCUGGGCAGUUAGCCGAUUUGUCAACAAAGUUGGAUAAUGUGGUCUCCUUGGUUCAAAAACUUGCCCAAGUCACCAUCCAAAAUCCCAAUAUCAUAUUGUUGUGUCUUCAGGAACAUACUGUUUUACCUUCAGAGCACAUUGUUGUGCCUUCGAAGUGCAUAUUGUUUUGCCUUAGAGUACACAUUGUUAAGCAUUUAAGCAGGGAGGAUAUGAAGGGAAUCCUUAGUCUGUAUGAAGCAACAUACCAAUGCAUGGAGGGUGAGAGCAUUAUGGAAGCAGCCCAACGUUUCUGCACUAAAAAUCUUAGAGAAAUCCAAAACAUGAACGUCAUAUUAGAUCAAGAUCUGGUGGACCAUGCUCUAGAAAUGCCACUAUACUGGAGGAUGCAGAGGUUUGAAGCAAGAUGGUUCAUAUCCGUUUAUGAAAAGAGGCACAACAUGAAUCCAGUUUUGUUGGAUUUUGCUAAACUGGACUAUAAUAUGGUUCAAGCCAAAUAUUUGGAGGAAUUAAAGCAAAUGUCUAGGUGA